GCUGCACCAUGAUCCCUUUCCCACUGAACCAACCCCGAGCUGUUUCAUUGACAAACAUUCCAGUUGCUGCAGUUCUGUCACGGACAGCGUCGAGAAGCGGAGCAUCACCGGGGGAACGGUGCAGAGCAGCAGCAGCAGCAGAGGAGGCAGCAGCUGCAACGACCGUCAACAACCCCCGGUGUCGUUCACACCAGCUCAAAAGCUGUUGAUUUGCCACUUGGACCUGGGAUUCUCGUGCACCGUCGUUCUUCAUCCACGCUCUCUCGGGACACUCAGAAGAAUCAUCAGAGGGGAAAUCAGACAGCUUUUGCCACUCAGACCCCUUGUGGGGAUGUGAGGCGGCGUCGUUAACGCUCAGUUACUGGCACAGUGCUGGAUUUGUUUAACGACUUCCAUGAAGCGCCGGGACGCACCGAUGGAGGAUUCUGGACGCUUUUUAAAAUCACGGAUAUCUGCGAGACUGCAUCGGUCGGUGUGUGAUGCGAACUGAGCCGUGGGUGGUGUAGACCCCCUCCCCGUGCUCCACACACCCCGACCGCCUUGUCCGCGAUCACCCUCUCCAACCGGGACGCGCAGCCUUGCUUCACUACACCGUGGGAACAUGUCCCGGGCAGCGGCUAUCGCCAGCUCCCUGAUCCGCCAGAAGAGACAGGCAAGGGAGCGGGAGAAGGCAAACGCAUGCCGCGGGAGCGGCAGCCCGAGCAACAGCAAAGGCGCAAACGAGAAACCGAGCAAGCUGAACGUGUUUUCGCGUGUCAAAUUGUUUGGAUCAAGGAAGAAACGGAAGAGAAGGCGACCACCAGAGCCCCAGUUAAAGGGCAUUGUAACCAGGCUUUCCAGUCGCCAAGGCUUCCAGCUGCAGAUGCAGCCCGACGGCACCAUUGAUGGAACCAAGGAUGAAGACAGCACCUAUGCUGUGUUUAACCUGAUCCCCGUGGGGCUUCGUGUGGUGGCCAUCCAGGGUGUCCAGACCAAACUUUACCUGGCAAUGAACAACGAAGGCUUUCUCUACACCUCUGAACAUUUUACCCCAGAGUGUAAAUUCAAGGAGUCAGUGUUCGAGAACUACUAUGUCACCUACUCCUCCAUGCUGUACCGGCAGCAGGCGUCGGGCCGAGCUUGGUACCUGGGGCUUAACAAGGAGGGUGGAAUCAUGAAGGGGAAUCAUGUCAAGAAGAACAAGCCUGCUGCACACUUCAUACCGAAACCACUCAAAGUGGCCAUGUACAGGGAGCCCUCCCUCCAUGACUUGACAGAACUCUCCCGUUCAGGCAGCGGCACGCCGACCAAGAGUCGCAGCGCUUCGGCCCUGCUUAAUGGCGGCGGGAAGACACCCAGCAACAACGACUUAUCCUAGCCCCCCGACCCCUCACACCUCACACACAUGCACAUACACAUGCUCACUCAGACACACUCACAUGCAGACAUGUACACACCCACAGAUCUCAGGCCGACAUGCCCACACAUCAGACUGGUGAGGGGUGGGAUGAAUUGAGGAUAAAAUGAAGGAGAACGGGAACGUGUUCUUCCACUAAACGGAGCCCACUGUGACUGACUGUGAUGUAAAUAAAUCAAGGACAAUCAAUCCGUUUGGCUCUGCUGCCCUGGUCUGCAGAGGAACAGGACCUGUGACUCUCUUCCCUUGACUGGUCCUCCUGCUGUAUCGUAAACAGACAGAACAAGAGGGGGGAGUGACAGAGGAGAGGACAGAGAAAUUCAGACAGUCAGUCACACAGUCAGACAAACAGACUGUUACAGAGAACCAAAGAGUACAAGUAUUAACCCAUUAGGUUAUUACUAUGAAAAGGCACGUGGCUGGAAAGUUACAUGGAGUUACAAAGGAAGGAAGUCUUUAUCUAAUCUACCGUACGCUAUGUUUACACAGAGCUCAUGGGUUUAAGUCAUAUUUUUAAAAUUGACAAACAUAUUCCUUGUACACUUAUAAGGACUUACCAUGUGUUUGCAUGCAGGUGUGCCUGAGUGUGUGUGUGUUUGUGUGUGUGAGAGAGAGAGAGAGAGUGAGCGAGAGAGAGAGUGAGUACAUGCUGUGCUUGCAGUAGGCGUGCUGUGUGCGUGGGAGAGAAAGUGUGCGUGCACGCAUGUGUCUUGG